AUGGAACGCUGUUGCUCUCUGGGCUUGGGGUACUUUUAAACUCCUCAUAACAUUAUAGAUAUUCAUGUUGACAACUGUGCUAUUUGCAGAAACCAUAUUAUGGACCCAUGUAUUGAGUGCCAAGCUAAUCAAGUUGCUAAUGCCAAUGAAGAAUGCACCGUCACCUGGGGAGUUUGCAAUCACGCUUUCCACUUUCAUUGUAUUUCUAGAUGGUUAAAGACCCGUCAAGUCUAUAAUAGAGAUUGGGAGUUCCAGAAGUACGGAAAAUGA